AUGAUUACUUCAAUUCUUUUGGUCGCGUUGACAAUCUCACUUUUGUUCAUUUCUUAUUCUUAUGGAAUCAAAAGGCCUAAGGGAGUUCCACCUGGACCUCCAAGGCUGCCAGUAUUUGGAAGUUAUCUGUUUUUAAUGCUAGCUGGUGGAAAAUGGCUUCACAAAGGUGCACUCUGGCUUAGCAAACUUUACAAAUCGGAUAUAAUAAGCAUUUACAUUGGAAAUCACAUAGCUUAUGCUGUUCAUAAUGCUGAAGGAGUAAAAGAGAUACUGAAUAACCAAGCUUUUGAUGGAAGGGCGGAUCUGUUCAUAACUCGGAUGAGAGAUCCAAAUCUUUUAAGAAAGGGAAUCUUCUUCCAGGAUGGACCUGUGUGGAAAGAACAGCGUCGCUUCAUUCUGCGUUACCUGCGAGAUUUUGGAUUUGGGCGACGUUUUCAAACUUUGGAGGAGGUUAUUCACGAAGAGAUCUCGGAUUUAAUAGAUUUGAUUCGAAAUGGACCAAAAUUUGAACAUGAAAAAUCCAUCUCUCGCAAAGGACAGUUACUUUGCCCGUUGGCAUUUAGUCCUUGUACUGCAAGUUCUAUUUUACAUGUCAUGUUCAAUGAAAGGUUUUCACGGUCUAACCAAAGUUCUCUAGUGAAGCUAGGAUAUUAUGGAAUGGUAUUACAGCGAAAAGCCGAUCAUUAUGGAAAAAUUCUAAGCGUCAUUCCAUGGAUUAGGCACUUAUUUCCCGAGAAAAGUUCCUAUCGUCCCAUGCUGGAAUCGAACAGAUUUUUGUACAAGUUCUUUGAGGACUUGAUACAAAAAUAUAGCAAAACUUUUGAUGAGAAUCAUGAAAGAAACUUUGUGGAUUUAUAUCUAAAAGAAAUGAAAAAAGAACAAAUGGAGGGAAAUAUUGAAACUUCUUAUUCAUAUGAUCAAUUUGUUUUAAGCAUGGUUGACUUUUCAUUUCCUGCAUUUACUGCAAUUGGAACGCAAAUGUCACUUAUUUUCCAGUGGCUUCUCAUGAAACCGGAAGUGCUGAAAAAGGUUCAACAGGAAAUCGAUGAGUUUGUUGGAAGUGGAAGAUUACCAUGUUUAGAUGAUCGGAAAAAUCUCCAUUAUACCGAAGCAACCAUAAGAGAGGGAUUAAGAAUGGAGACUCUGGUGCCAUCUGAUGUCUUUCAUGUUGCACUUUAUGAUACUGAGUUUAUGGGAUAUAAUGUUGAAAAGGGUACUAUUAUGAUUCCCAAUUUAUACGCCUACCAUAGUGAUAAAAGAGUUUGGGAAGAUCCUGAGUGCUUUAGACCUGAAAGAUUUUUAGAUAAAGAUGGAAAAUUAUGUCUUAAGAAGGAUGUUUCAUUUCCCUUUGGUGCCGGAAAACGACUUUGUGCUGGUGAAACAUUUGCACGGAAUAUGCUCUUCCUACUUCUAUCAGCUAUUUGUCAAAACUUCAAUGUCGUUCUUGGUCCUGGAGAGCCACUACCAGAUAUGUCAAAGAAUGUUACAGGUUUAAUUAUAACAACUCCUGAUUUUUGGGUCAACUUAGAGAAGCGAUAAAUCCCAGUAUCUUUUCUAACUUAAAGAAGGAGAUAAAAUAAAAGUUUGCUUAGCAUAAUUAAGUACACAUAGUUAUAAGUAAACUUUGAAUUUAUUUUACAUAUUUUAGCUUACAAAUAACUAAAAUAUUUAUUUAUUUAUUAGAAAUAUAGAUAGAUUCAUACUCGUAA